UUUUUUUUUUUUUUGCAUGCAUUUUUAUUUGCACAGAUGGGAGCUGCAGACAUCUGCGCCUGAGCAGCAGCAGCAACAACAGCAGCAGCAGGAGGAGGGAGGUGAAGGAAAGUGUUGCUGAAGGGCACCUUGGUGGAAUGUUAAAGCGUUUUAUUUCUUCACUUUCUCCACCCGUUUUCGCCUCCUUUCUCCUCCUCCCUGCUGCCUCUAAACACCUCCCUUGUCUGGCUUGCGUCGCACUCCCCCCACGUCUGUCACACCAGGCUCCGAGAAAUCUGACGUGUUUUUCGCAUUUCCUGCACCAGAGAAGGGAAGAGUACUGAGCAGAGCCAGAGGUAUGUCCACGGGGAAGUUAGGAGAAACAGCAGCGGUGGGUGGAGGAAACCAGCCUGAGCACUAGGAUACCCCCCACCCCCUCUGUCUACCUAUCUGUCUACCUAUCUACCUACCACCCUCCUCCUCUUCUUCCUCCUCCUCCUCCUCCACCGGCCCCUGCUGCGGUCGUCAUCCAAGCCGCCGUCAGAGCGCAGCGGUCCGGCUACAACAUCCCCGAUGCACCGCGGAGGCUGUGAGCAAGCAGCCGGAGCCUCCCGCCCCUCCGUACCGUGCAAUGCAACACAGGCCGGUCCCUCCACCUCCACCGCCACCUCCACGGAGCCCUGUCACGGUUAGCGGACUUAUUUAACAUCUUCGGAGGUAAAACAAAAACAUGACAGAGCGGUUCACAUCUGGGGCCUGGGCUCGGAGGGGGUUUUGCUAACUCGCGCUGCUCUUUUUUUUUUUUUUUUUUUUUUUUGUUAGCUCUUCAUGUUUCUUCCGCGCGCGUCUAACGGUGGAGGCUCGUGCCAGUCUUUCGGUUGUUUAUCUUUCCGUGGGAGAUAUUUGUAAUAGUAUUUGACAGGUGUGGACGUUUACAGUUAAAAAAAAAAAAACAAAAACAAAAAAAAAACAAAAAACAAUUGCUUCAGAGUGGAGGUGGACCGUAGCUCAGCUCAACUCAGAACCACCGGUUGAAAACACACAAAAACUGGACAAAGAGUUAGGUUUGUUAAAGUUCCUCGAGGCCGAAGGUGUGGUGGUUGUCAUAGAGAACACUGCCGUAAAACAGCACCAGGUGUGGGUGUGGGAGGGGGGGGUGUUUGUGUCUUGUAAUAAUAGCCAUGGUGGUCUUCAACGGGCAGCUGAAGAUCAAAAUCUGCAAGGCGCUGGACCUCAAACCCACGGCUUGGUCCUUGCGUCACGCCGUCGGUCCCAAAACACAGACUUUCCUCCUGGACACGUACAUCGCCCUGAACGUGGAUGACUCCCGCGUGGGCCAGACGUCCACCAAACAGAAGACCAACAGCCCCGCGUGGAAUGAUGAGUUCACCACGGAGGUCCACGACGGACGCAGGAUCGAGCUGUCAGUGUUCCACGACGCGCCCAUUGGAUAUGAUGACUUCGUGGCCAACUGCAUCAUCCAGUUUGAGGACAUCCUGCACAACGGCAGCAAACACUUCGAGGACUGGAUCGACCUGGAGCCAGAAGGGAAGGUGUACAUUGUCAUCGACCUAUCAGGAUCUUCCAGUGAGGCUGCAGCAGGUUCCAGUGAAAAUGAGGAGCGAGUGUUUCGGCAGCGGAUGCGUCCCAGGAAGCGUCAGGGCGCCGUUCGUCGGCGGGUCCACCAAGUUAAUGGACACAAGUUUAUGGCCACCUACCUGAGACAGCCCACCUACUGCUCCCACUGCAGGGACUUCAUCUGGGGCGUCUUAGGAAAGCAGGGCUACCAGUGUCAAGUGUGCACCUGUGUGGUCCAUAAGCGCUGCCAUGAGCUGAUCAUUACCAAAUGUGCAGGAAUGAAGAAGCAGGACGACACAGUAGGGGAGCCUGUUGGGUCCCAGAGGUUCAGUGUCAAUGUACCCCACAAGUUCAGCAUCCACAACUUUAAAGUUCUCACCUUUUGCGACCACUGUGGGUCUCUACUGUGGGGCCUGCUGCGACAGGGGCUACAGUGUAAAGUGUGUAAAGUAAAUGUCCACAGGCGCUGUGAGAGUAAUGUGGCUCCUAACUGUGGUGUGGAUGCCAGAGGAAUCGCUAAAGUCCUCUCUGACCUUGGAGUCACACCAGACAAGAUCUCCAAUAGCGCCCAGAGACGAAAAAAGCUUCCUCAGGGUCAGGAGCCUCAGCAGCCGUUAUCAGGGAUGCCUCAGACAGAAGACGAUCGUUCAAAGUCUGCCCCCACCUCGCCAUGUGACCAGGAUGUGAAGGAGCUGGAGAACAUCAGGAAGGCCAUGUCAUUCGACCACCGCGGUGAGGAGCACAACACCCACCCGCUGUCCUCCCCCUCCUCUGUCGCUACGGUAACAGGGGACAGCCCAACAUCAGCAGGAGGCGGUGACGGAGAUGGCGUCGGGGUGGAGGGGAAAAAAGAAGCGCAGGAGAACGGAGAGGUCAAAGGUCACAGUGUUCCAGAAGCGAAGAGGAUGAACCUACAUGACUUUGUGUUUAUCAAGGUUUUGGGCAAAGGAAGCUUUGGUAAAGUGAUGCUGGCAGAGCUGAAGGGUAGCGAUGAGGUGUACGCCGUCAAAGUGCUGAAGAAAGAUGUGAUCCUGCAGGACGACGAUGUGGACUGUACCCUGACCGAGAAACGCAUCCUGGCCCUGGCCAGAAAACACCCGUACCUGACACAACUCUUCUGCUGCUUCCAGACCAAAGAUCGUCUGUUCUUUGUGAUGGAGUACGUCAAUGGUGGAGACCUGAUGUUUCAGAUUCAAAGGUCGAGGAAGUUUGAUGAGGCCCGAUCUCGAUUUUACGCAGCCGAGGUCACAUCUGCGUUAAUGUUUCUACACCGGAAUGGAGUCAUAUACAGAGACUUAAAGCUGGACAACAUCCUGUUGGACGCAGAGGGACACUGUAAGCUGGCAGACUUUGGGAUGUGCAAAGAGGGCAUCCUCAAUGGAGUCACCACCACCACCUUCUGUGGGACACCAGAUUACAUCGCUCCUGAGAUCCUUCAGGAGCUGGACUACGGCCCCUCGGUGGACUGGUGGGCUCUGGGCGUCCUGAUGUACGAGAUGAUGGCUGGCCAGCCGCCGUUCGAAGCCGAUAAUGAAGACGACCUGUUCGAGUCCAUCCUCCAUGAUGACGUCCUGUACCCGGUCUGGCUCAGCAAGGAGGCCGUGUCCAUUCUCAAAGCGUUUAUGACUAAGAGUCCUAACAAACGUCUGGGCUGUGUGGUGGCUCAGGGUCUGGAGGAGGCCAUUAAACUCCACCCGUUCUUCAGAGAGAUUGACUGGACGCUGCUGGAGCAGAGGAAGAUCAGACCCCCCUUCAAACCACGCAUCAAAACCAAAAGGGAUGUGAAUAACUUUGAUCAGGACUUCACACGUGAAGAGCCCGUCCUGACACCUGUGGAUGACAACAUCAUCAAACAGAUCAACCAAGAUGAGUUUAAAGGAUUCUCCUACUUUGGAGACGAGACUGCAGCCUAAACACACACACACAUAAACCCACACAUACACACUGUACAUACACUCAUACAAUUAACUAUAAAUACAUACACACUCACACAAACAUCUGCACACACCAGGAAAUGAUCGAGGAAAAGACAAAACAUUAGAAGAAACAGUGAUCUCUAAGAAACACAGCCUCUGACGGGAGACCUCCUGAACUUGUACUGAUUCUCAACACUCCAGGAAUUAUACUAGACCACCUGUAUCUCUCACUAUGGUUUCUGUGCUCUUGUUGCUUGUCCAUGUGUGCAUAUCUCAUCAAACGGUAUGGUCCAGCAGCAUGUUCGUGUUUGGGUAAACGCUGUUAGAAACCACCCGACGCUCCUUCAGUUGGAUUUAUGAUAAACACCUAAAACCAGAAUGGUUACAAGUGCAAGGUAGGGGCAGUCAGUGAGUGUGUGUGAGUGUGUGUGUGAGAAAGGAGGACUAUGUGUACAAGCAUGCAUGCAUUCAUACCUCUAGAAAGACAUUUGUGUACAUGUACUGUGUCUGUCUCCGUGUUUAAAGAAUGUUUUUCUUCCCUAAACAUGUAUGUGAAUGGAAAAAAAAGUCAUUGAACCUUUGAUUGUAUUUAAAGAAAAACAGGUCUUGAAAAGUAUUUUAUUCUCAACGAGGACAGGAUGUGUAUUUAUCAACGUCUCAGAAUCACUCCAAGGAAUCAUGGCAUUUGCACAUCAAGUUUGUAUUAUUUUUUUGGAUGCGUUAUUUAACCUGUCAUCUGAUAAAAAUCCCAAAGACAUUUCACACACUGAGCCCGAUGCGUAUUAUUGCUCUGUUGUGAAAAUUAAAAGAAUGAGAGAAAAUAGAGCCUGAAAACACUGAAACUUACACACAAGAUGAUACUUAUUUGAUAAUACUUCCAAUUAUCAGUCUGUUUAUCACACCUUUCUGCCAAAUUCUGCCAGUUUAACCAUUACACUCUUUGUUCAAGUUGAGAAAAACUCCCCAAAAAACCCUUUAAUGGGCUAAAAAUGGAAGGAACUU